AAAAUCACAGACACGCGGCUCAGUUCAUUCGAAAGCCGCGCUUAAGUGUGUUCUCUUAAGUUUACGUGCGUUAAGUGGAGCGAAAAAUCGGUUAUACAAAUUCGCAAAAAUGAAGGAUAUCUACAGUAAGGGAAAUCUACUGCACAAGGACGCCAUCUACAAGGAUGUGGUCAUUAUUGGCAAUGGACCAAGCGGUAUAUCACUGUCGUAUAUGCUGGCCGGGCACUGGCCGUACUGGUCACCGGAGAAGGCACAGAAGCAUCCAGAUGAGCUGCUGCGGGCACGGUUAAAUUAUUACGACUCGAAGAAGAGUUUGGUCGAGCACGAUCUGUUCAGUUUGGCCGAUGGUUUGGAAGGACGCAGCACAAAUCCAGUUUCACUGUUGCUGGACAGUUUGCAGCAUCCGUGUGCCGAUUUGGGCAUGGAUCUACCAUCAAUGGUCGAGUAUCGGUACCAUCCGGAAAAGGAGAUUGACCAUCUCGUACUGGGACGUGGACCACCGGGCGGUUCCUGGCAUCGGAUGGAUCCCAACCUGCGCACCCUCUCGCUCGCCGCCUGGAUGUCACUUCCCGGGCUACCGUUCGCGGAAUGGGAAUCACGCCAUCCACCGGUGGUGGAGACCGUUGACGAAUCUGCUCAACCGUUGAAACCGAUUGCGUCCGAGCCGGUGCUUGCGUGUUGCGGCAGGUGUAAUGAGCUGGCAAAGCGCACCAAGCGUAGCGGACAGAAAGUGCCCUUAAUCAAGUGUAGCAAAUGUUAUCGCAGCGGAACGCCCGCGGACGGUAACAAUAACAUGAGCAGCGCGGAAGGAAAUGGCAUUUCUGGGGAACAGCAGCAGCAGCAGCAUAGCGACGGUGGUGGCAAUGUGGUGGCCGUGUUGGACGAGCGCAGCGGCAAAGUGAACGUGAAGUUGCUCUACCCACCGCGCAGGAAUCUUUCGCUGAAGCGACAAGUUUCGAAGGAGGUCGAAACGCGUGCCCUAAUAUCUAGUGUCGCGCAGUACUACGAAAGCUACGUGACGGAGAUGGGUCUCGAGCGGUACUUUAUGAACGAAACGAUUGUGACGACGGUGGUGCCGCUGGAUGGGAAGUGUGAAGCGGCGCUGCCGGAACGUUUCCGGAAAGGCCGGUGGAUUGUUGCAGGCUUCAACCGAACGACAAACAAACGCUUUACGAUCGUGUGCAAUAAUCUCGUGCUGGCGAACGGUGCUUCCGAUCUCGCGAACCGAUUGGGCGUGAAAGGCGAAGGUUUGGAGAUGCCGUGGGUAAAGUACGAACUGCCACACCUCGAGCGAGCGCUGGAAAAGUACGACGAUCAGGCUCGCACGCAGCUUAAACCGGUGUUGAUCGUCGGUGCGGGGCUGAGUGCGGCCGAUGCCGUCACCAUUUGCCGAUCGUCCGGCAUUCCUGUGGUUCACGUGUACCGGAACCGGACGGCUGGAUUGGACAAGAUGCUACCGGGAAACGUUUAUCCCGAGUACCACGAGGUGCACAAGAUGAUGAAGGACUCGAACCGCAAGCAUGAGCUGUACACUCCCCUACCCGAGCACACGAUAGUCGAUAUAGCCAUCGGCGGUGAUUCGCGGCGCGUGACCGUGCAGCACCUGAAGACGGGUGAGCGGCGUGAGCUAGACGUAUCGUACUGUGCAAUACUGAUCGGUUCCCGGCCCGAUCUACGCUUCAUCUCGUCGAUAACGGGUGCAAAAUUUACGAAUGGUUCCAGCACGGAAACACCCAACCCACCGCCGGUUCUAAUCUCCUGCCCCGAUUCGGAAACGGACGACGAAACGGCCCUUAACCACUGCUUCAGCCGACAGCCGGUCCAACCGCUAACGAUGUGGAUGUUUACCGAGCAGCUCCUGUCCUCGUGUCUUGGCCGGAAGCUUUUCUGGCUGAAGAACAUGUGUGCCAAAUGCAAACACAUCAACCUCACCGAUAAACCCCGCCACAAGCAGCAAAAUCUACAGUACAACGUGCUAAAUGUGGCCCUCGGUGGUCACUGUCCGCACCAGCAGGAUGAGAAACCCGGCCUAAACCUGAGCGCCGCCUCCGGUAUGGGCCUCGGGGAAGAUCCAGCGAAACCAAUCGACUGCAAAAACAAUCCAAUCGACGUGGAUAAAUACACGAACGCGGUGUUGCGCACGGCACACGCCGGACUGUACGCGAUGGGACCACUGGUGGGGGAUAACUUUGUGCGCUUCAUACCCGGCGGUGCACUCAGCAUUACGGCCGCACUGCACAAGCAUACGGAAAACGAUUGAUUAGGUUGGCGCACGAAGCGAAACGAGCAGAUGCGAUGAACGCGAUUGGCGUUUGACGUGGGUAAUCGUUCGCCCCUUAAACCGAUCCCACUAAACGGUUUCGGAAGCUUUGUUUGGAAGUGACUGUCUGUAACCGUGUUCGGGAAUACAGGUUCUGAAUGGACAGACAACAUUUGGUUAAUAAUCAACGCGCCACCGCGCCUGUACGACACAACUGUACAGGGUGGUUCGUGCCUUUAUACAGACUGGCUAUCGUUUAACGUUGGUUUCGAUUAAAUUGAAAGACUUUCACACGAUUUUAAAAUCGACAACCAUCGAUCAAAAAGAACACGGUAGCGAAACGUUUAACGUUAAGAACAUUCGGUGACCAAUGGUUCACCCCAAAAUACGUCAAUUUGAAGUGCUGUUGAUUUCAGACUAUACGCUAUUUUUUUCUGUUUUGGCUUUAUAUGUUGACUAACGCAAUAGUUGUGAAUUACGUUUUAUUCGCACGGGAUGCAAAUGCUCGUGCCAGUUAGCGUUUGUGAGAAGGUUUGAUUUUUUAGUUUUAAGCGCUGUAUACAAUAUUAUUCUCUUGUUUGUAUCAACCAAAAGAAGAUUGUUAGUGUUCAAUCAAUCGCUAUUCGCGUGAGGGUGAUUAUUUUAGCGAUGCUUAAAUGUAAUUUCUAUUUGUAAUUUUACAAUUUUUUGGUUUUUAUUAUUUUUUUGUUUUCUUCAAAUCCUCACACUUUAACCGGGAAAAGCAAAACACCCCCAACAUUCCCAAAGCAAAGUAUGCCCUACAAAUACUCUUACGAAUGCACUAUGAUCCACUCCAUGAGUUAGGAACUGUUAGUGUGUAGUUGUGUACGGUACCUUUUUAAAAGCAAGCAGGCCCGAAUAUUAGCAGCAGUACAAGAGAAAGCAAUCCUACCAAUCUGCCUAGCGGGGAUUCCAAUGGUUCUACGUUCAUCAUCCCCAUCCGCUUUAACCGCGAGGGGGGUUUUGCAGGAAACCUCCCGUCGGGUUUUAGUACACUUAUUUAGUACACCGUCUGUGAUUUAGUUUCGCUUAAAUGUGAAUAGAGAAAGUGUUUUGUGUUAAAUAAUUUAGUUUCCUUCCCAAACUGCACCACCCUGUCAAACACCCCAAUCACCCAGCACACUUCGUACUCAAAUACCAGGGGGUUGAUGUUUGUCCGGCGGGUUUUUGGGAGUGACAGUUGAGCAGUCGUCCUGACGAGGAAAAAAAAUCACUUUCGUCCGUAGUAACUACUGCCAUUGUAGUUUUCUUUCUGACACACGGAACCUAAGUCUGCCUUAGCCCUCAUUCGUGGUCGUUUGCCCUGGAACAAGCAAUGUUUAGCGAUUGCUAUACUUUCGCAUCGUAACACCCAGGUAGCACAUAUUAGGUCGAAAUAUAAUGGAACUCUUCAUAAUCACGCGGAUGCACUUCGUACAACUUAGAAACAAAAGGAACCAUAACAACCGUAUCAGUAACAUUUUGCAACUUAUAAAGCACUGCUGUAACAAGCCAAUGUACGUUUUAAUUCACACGUUGAACUUUAAGCUUAACUUUGUCUCUGUCACUCAAUUAUCGUUCUAAUUGUUGUACUUUAGGGAGAUAUUGCUAUACAUACAUAUAUAGUGUAACUAAAGCAGCCCUUCUUCUCCACGGCAUCUUAUAAUCCUAAAACCGUCAAGUUUGCGAAUAUUGUAACCAUUGUAACGAAUGUAACCGAAUUCUAAAGCAAUUGAUUCGUUUGAUCCUACGUAGUAGUACCACCGGUGUGACGGUUGCAGACAAGCACGAAUUUGAGAGGGGGAGAAGGAGUACGAGCUAGUUGAGAGCGCGGAAGAAGUAAUAUGAACAAAAAAAACCUAGUAGCAAGAGGCAAACAACCUAGAGACUGAUCUUUGUACGUUUUAGAACUAGUCUAGGAACACGGUUAGAGUUGUGCGCGAAUGCGAUCUGUAAUGGUGAUCCUUUCGAAUGCUUUACUUACUAUUUCCGUUCCCGUAUAACUUUUGCCUUUUUCGUCGGUGAAGAAACAUACAGUGGGGGGCCGUUAAGACCCGCUUGUUUCUCCAGAUUAGAGUGAUUGGAAGACAUUGAUUGCAUAGUAGUGAGCUCGUUAAAAUGGACAUUUUUGAACAAUUAAUUAAAUCGGAACUACUAAAACAGAAAAAAACAGGGUAGACUUAAAGUCAAAUGCAUACACGACAGCUGCAGCAACAAACAAACCUGAUACUACCAUUACUACCUAUCGUUACUACUACUCUACUACCAUAAAACUCAAGUUUAACAAGUUUUGUACAUAUGUAUAACGUUACUUAAAUUGUGUCGUGCGUGUACGUGUGGACGCGUGUGCGUAUUUGGUUGUUUGGUGAAGAUUUCGGGGAUGUCACAUUUUGCCAAUAUCAUCCCCAUAUGCUGUAUUGUAGCGAGCAACAUUUUGCUAGAAACUAGUAGUAGGAAAUCAUUCAACCAUCAAAUACGCGCGCACACGUGACCACCGUUGAGAAAGCACACAAAAGAAACGCAAAUCAAACAAAAAAAAAACUUUGCGCGAAUCAAAAAGAAAGCAUUACGUCUUUACGUAAAAUUGUUACGUUUUAAUUCUUCUUUUAUGGAAAGUUGAAAAUAUAAUGCAAAACCAC